CCCCGCCCGUGCAUACCGCCGCUGACCAUCCGCCGCCCGAACCCCCGCACGCCCCUUCGGAAACGCUCAAAGCUAAAGUUGAACUGCGUGACAUGGAGUGAGUUGCAUUUGUUUGUCUCCCAUUCCCCUCUCCACCUCCCUACCCUCCACUGGUUCUCACUGGAUCACCGGGUUUCGCGACACUCUCAACCAUCCACUCUCUUCACAACAUCACACAUCAUGCCGUUCCGAACAUCAGCAUCGGACACCUGGCCGCGCUCCCAGCCGCCCAGCUAUCGCGUCCAACCCCCAACGCCAGCUAGAGCGUCGCCGGCCACCACACCCCGUCGUCGAGAAGUCUGGGAGACGCCGAGCGGCUCUCCCGCCGGUUCGGGCACGAGCACACCCCGCCGCGGACACGCCCACAAGAUGAGCACGAGCAGCAGCACCCACUCUCUGCGGCACAGCAGCUCCAACAGCUCGCUCCGCGGCGGUGGCAUGAGUAGAUCCGGCUCACACUCGUCUCUCGGCCCCACGCCCUCGUACUCGUACAUCCCACGUUCGCGCUCCAACCAUGGUCUCGCCCACUCCCAGGUCCCCUCUCCGGUCACGGAGGGCAUGGAGAUGGUCGACCCUGUGGAUCUCCGCCCGUCACCGCCCAGCUCGCACCUCGCGAGCUCUGGCAGCGCCUCCGAACCCCUCUCGGACGAGUACGAUACCGACGAGCUGCAGGAGAUGCAGGACAUGGAAGCUGAGGCCGAGUUCGACCCGCCCUGCCAGUUCUACGGCUAUCCCGCAAGCGAGACGCCGACGCUGUACGCUCCGAGCGGAUGCGCAUGCGCCCACUGCGUGCCCGUCCACACCCAUGCCCGCCCCCACGCCCCCAGCGGCGGGUACGAUAUGGUGCUGGCCCCCGAACACGCCCUCCACUACCCGCACGGUGCCCACCACUCCCACCAGUCCUUCUCCACCCCACCCCCUCCGCGCGGCAUGCUGACAGGAUUCGCCCACAGGCUGUUUUACCAGUACGUCGCGCCCUACCUCCCCGAGGACAUCCAAGCGAUCAUCGCGGACCCGCCCGACCUGCGCCGCCCCGACUCGCUUAUCCCCCUCCUCCGCGUUGUCGCCCCAUACGCGCAAUACCUCAUCUUCCUGCUCGCCCUGUACAUCGUCUACGCCUUUGUGACAGGCAUGGUGAGCUACACGGCGCGCUUCAUCCGCUUCUGCUUCCGCAUCGGCCCCGUCAUCGCCAUCAUCGCCUGGAUCAUGGCCGCGUCCGGACAAGGCGGCAUCGAGGUCGUCUACGAAGCGCUGAAGGCGUACGCGGGCCUGACACCGGCUGACGGCGGUGCCGCGGGCCGCGCCCGUGCCGCCGCUGGCGCAGGUGCCGGUGGCGGCCGCCGCACGCGCGCCGGCACGCACUACGCCAACCCCCGCACGCGCACCCACCGCGCCGCCCACAAGGAGCCGCAGCCAGACAUACUCUCCGCGAUUUUUGGAAAUCCCGCCACGGGGCAGGACGGCAUCGGCGCGACGGUGCAGGACUAUGUGCGCGCGGCCGUCACCAAGGGCCUCGGGCUCGAGUGGCUCGUCGGCAAGAAGGAGGACGGCAAGAAGGCCAAGACACGCUGAGUGGAGCGGGCGUGGAGAGCUCGGUGAUCGGUGCGAGCGCGCGAAGAGAUCAGUGUCGAGAUUCACGUUUAGCCAGUCAUGAUUACGACCAGUAGCGAAUAGAGCAUAGAUGUACCAUGUAUGUAGCGGAG